GCUAAAUUAAAAGUUUGAACCAAAUAGUGAUUUAAAAGAAUAGAAGAGCUCGCUACUUUCAAAUUGUUGAGAUAGCCAAAGUUUUCAGUACAAGUCUUCUUGAUCUCUCCAAGAUUAUAUCGUUCAAUCACAACUCCGAAAGUUAGUUGAUGAUUCAAAGAUGUUUUCACUGAUAUCAAAGUAUAAUUCGAGGCCAACUUCGCUACUCUCAAGACAUCUACUAAGAGGCAAAACCUUUUAUAGACCAUUGUGUUCUUUGUCCCUAUUGAAAAAUUAUCAAUUGCAUCAUAUACAUCAAAAGAAGUCAAUCCCCGUUCGACCAUUCCAGAUUCAGAAACUAUAUAGUACAAAUAAGUCACCAGACGAUGACAAGACCGUUGUAACCAAAGAACAACUAUUGGCAAGUGCAACCAAUUUUUUUUCAAGGUUUCAAAUUAGAUUGAAAUGGCUAUUGAAAAAAUCAAAUAGACCUUUUAAUACUGAUGAUUAUUCAGCAUUAUUUAGUUGGUUAGUUAUGGGGAAUGCUCUUCUAUUCUUCCUUGCUACAACAACAUUUUUUUCCUUAAUUAUUUUCACGAUAAAUACUGUUUUCGCUCAAGAGUUUGUUGCAAGAAAAGUUGGUGAAUUCAUAACUAAAAACUCAAAAUUAACCGUUACUUUCGAACAUGCCAUUGUUCCUGGUUGGUCAGAUGGGAAAAUAAGUUUUAGAAAGUGUUUUGUUAGUAGACGUCCUAAAAAUUUUAAGAAAUUCGUUAAAGGUUCUCAAGCUGAGGCUUAUGCUGCAAGUCAAUCUCAAGAACUCGAAGACGAUAACGCAGCUGAUGAGGAAUAUGAUGAUGGUAACUAUACUCAAUUUGAUUUGACUAUUGAAGAAAUUAAUGUAUCACUUUCUUUCAAUAAAUGGGUCAAUGGUACUGGAAUCGUGGAAACAAUGGGGAUCAAAGGUAUGAGAGGUGUAAUUGAUAGAACUCAUGUUCACUGGGAUCCAGAUGAUGAUGCAACAAAUUAUAAAAAUAUUUAUGAGCCGGGUGAUUUUGAAUUUGAAGACUUUAAAAUGGAAGAUGUUUUAUUCGAAUUAUGGCAACCGAAUAAUUUUAGGCAUUUUAAUGUUGCAAUUUAUAAUUGCGAAUUAUCUAUAUUAAGAAAACAUUGGUUAUUUUACGAUUUCUUAAAUGCUAAUAUAAUGAGUGGUUCUUAUGAUAAUUCGUUAUUUACAAUUCAUAAAAAACAAAGAUUUAAUGACUAUAAUGCUCCUUUAAUGAAUAAAUCUUCAACUUCAAAUUCAAUAUCUGACACUUGGAAACGAAUCACUAGAUUGAGAGUUGACUCUUUGAACAUCGAUCAUUUAAAUACUGGUUUGGAAGGACCGUUCGGCUGGAUCACCGAUGGUAAAGUUGAUAUGAUUGGUGACGUUAUGGUACCUCAAGAUAAUAAAGACUUAAAUGUAUCAGAAUUAGUUAAGAUCAUUGCAGACUCUAUUAAAAAAGAAGCUACAAGAUAUAAAAAUCCCGAAGUAGUUUCAAAAAAACCAAAUCACCAUUCAAGACUAGCUUCAAAUACAAGUAUAGAAGAUGAUAUUCUGAAAUACUUCGUGCUUGAUCUAACUAUUAAACUAAACAAUGUUCGAGCAACAUUACCUUUUAAAGCUCCGGAAUUAACAUAUAUUAAUUAUGCUUUGAUUAGACCUAUUGUCGCUUAUAUUAACUCAAAAAACACCUUCAUUGAGGUUAAGAGUCGUAUUGUUAAAAAUAUUGAAGAUUUCAGCGGCUCUUGGACAAUUUAUGACUCUCUUUUAAUGGAUGAUAUUUCUGAAGAGGUCUAUGAUAGUUUCGUCGAUUAUGUUGCCGAUGAAGAAGCAAGACUAAUAAGAAUGAAAAAAGUAGGUUUCUGGUCAAUCCAACUAUUAUUCCAAUUAAUAGUUUUUGGAUUAGGUGCAUUAACUUAG